GCUGUUUUUCUUGUGGAUUAGCCUAGUUAGCACAAAUGAAACGACACAACCCUUCUUGUUCAUCUUCAGAAAAACAACAAAUUUAUCACGAAAAACAAAGAAAGCAACUUUGCCUGCUUCACACCUUGAAUAAUUUAUUUCAACGAAGAGAAUUUAGUCAACAAGAGCUUGACGAGAUUUGUGAAAGACCAGCUUCUCGCAUUAAACACGAAUUAAUUUAUGCCUAUAUUUUCAAUAUACCUUCGCCGCCGUUUACUCUCUUGCCAUUUUUUAAAGGCAGACAUUGGUUUGCCGUUUUGUCAAUAAACAACAUUUACUACAAUUUAGACUCAAAACUUGAUGCUCCAACAAAAAUAAAUGGCAAUUUUAACGCUUUUAUUGAUAAAUUGUUGGAAGCUGGAAAUGAAUUGUUGUUGGUAGUUGAACCAGAAAAUGAGAAUAAUUGUAUAAUUAAUUUGGAAGAAUUUAAGGAUAAAGGAGAGUAG